AUGUAUGGAGGCGGGCCGGUGCUCAAUCUGGAGUCUACAACCGGUGCAGCUCUUGGCGGUAGGGCGGGACAAAGGAAGAGAGCAACUGCAGGAGAAAACAGACAGCAUGGUUGCACAGAAGACAAUAUCGUCCACGGCAGGCUGGUCACUGACACGCCCACAUAUCGGUGUGUCGGUGGGCCAGACCCUCCAUGGUUGCUUUCUCCCGUCGUUUCGUCGACAAGCGAUGGCCCCACAUUUGCCCGAUGCUGGUGGCGCGUCAAGCUGGGCUUGCCGACCUUGAAUCCGAGGAAAAAUGAGUGCAAAGCGGGUGUCAAAGACGUCAAGCAAGUAAAAACCAUGUGCAAAAAGUACAUGUUGCGUAUGCAGCCCAUCUACUUUGCAUAUAUGCGGACAGGCUGA